GUCGUCUGUCAAGACCAACUCCACACCACAAAAUACAAAAUAUUCCGUCUAAAAUUACUAGAUGUGUCUGUGGUUGUGACUCUGUUUUUUAUGCCAAUCUCACGUGUUUACCAACAUUUCUAUCGACUAGGACGUUAUGAAAUCAACAUAUGAACCAAACUUCUGUACAGGUGACUCCCACGUUUAUUACAAUUCAUAGGUAAACAGUGAAGUGAGACAAUUUAAAGAGUGUGGUUAAAAAAGUGCUGUGAAGUUAGUGAAUCACCAUGUCCUCAUCCUACUCGAUGACUCCGGAAAGCGAUGCAUGGGCCUUACUGGCUUUAAAAUCGGCCCCUGCUAGUCCUUCAAAAGUACAAUGGAGUCCCGAGGUUAAAGGGGAACCGAUUGCUCGAAUAGAAGGUCGCGAGUUUGAAUAUCUAGUCCGGCAGGCUCGGGUAAUUAUAGGUAGGAACAGUUCACGUGGUGAUGUAGAUGUAAAUAUGGGACAUUCUAGUUUUAUUUCGCGAAGGCAUUUAGAAGUUUUUUUCGAACAUCCCUAUUUUUAUAUGCUGUGUAAUGGAAAGAAUGGCGUAUUUAUCGAUGGAGUUUUUCAACGGAAAGGAGCCCCUUCAAUCAAGUUACCCAAGACAUGUACAUUUAGGUUUCCAAGUACAAAUAUACGGUUAUCGUUUCAAUCGUUGAUCGAAGAUAAUUCCGAACCGCCUCCUAAACUUCGAGAUGUAUCACCUAGUAGGAUAAGAGAUCGUUCGGGAGGUGGGAACGCCUCGACGCUUCAUCCUCUCAGAAUCAACAUACCGGAUGGUGUUGAUUAUGGUAGCCCUUUCCCCUCACCAACUGGUACCAUCAGUGCCGCCAAUAGCUGCCCAGCUAGUCCACGAGGCAGUCAUGGAUCCCAUGGUAAUAAUCAUAAUAAAAGAAACGUUCAAGCAGAUCUGCAAAUGGUAGCCCAAUAUGCCGCUCAAGUCGCUCAUCGUGACGAUUCACAUCAUGUUCCUCCAAGCCAUAGUCCUGAUUAUAGACAACCAACUUCAAAUGGAAAUGCCAUGCCUUCUGUCGUUGUUAGCGACACAUACGGUGCAAGUGGGAGCAAUAAAGACGAUUCGAAGCCGCCAUAUUCGUAUGCCCAACUUAUAGUACAAGCCAUUGCAAGCGCAACGGAUAAGCAGCUGACAUUGUCUGGAAUAUACAGUUAUAUAACAAAACAUUACCCUUAUUACCGUACCGCUGAUAAGGGUUGGCAAAAUUCAAUUAGACAUAACCUUAGUCUCAAUAGAUAUUUUAUUAAGGUACCAAGAAGUCAGGAAGAACCCGGAAAAGGUUCGUUUUGGAGAAUUGAUCCUCAGUCUGAGUCGAAACUAAUCGAACAGGCAUUUAGAAGACGAAGGCAAAGGGGCGUUUCAUGUUUCAGAGCUCCAUUUGGAUUGAGUUCCAGAAGCGCACCCGCCUCUCCCUCGCAUGUGAGUAUGUCUGAUAUAAUGACUCCUGAAUCUUUAUCAAGAGAAGGCUCCCCAACCAUGGAACAUCUUGUCGAUAUUAGUCAGUCAGCACCGGGUAGCCCAGGUAAUCCGGUUGCCGCAUAUGCCGGUUCCGGUGGUAUGAUAGGACACCAACAAAUGUCGGCAUUAGUAGGCUCAACUAAAGCUAGGUUAUUGCUACCCCAUCCUAUUGAUAACGUCACUGAAAUUUCUACUUCCAAUGGACAGGAAUAUAAAGAAGAAAAAUACAGCAUUGAAGAAAGUUCGAUGUCUCCAGGAGGUUUUUCAUCACAACCAGUUAUAGUCCAAGCAGCAAACUAUUCUUAUAGCACUGGGAGUUACAGCAAUGCAGGUCUGGAUUUUAAAAGGCACAUUGACGAACAGAGCGUCGAAAGCCCUUCGAGUUCUGGCGAGAAUUUGGACGGUGAGAUUGAAAUCAAAAGACCUAGACUCGAUCAAAUUAAGUUUGAGACGGAAUAAAACUCCUUAUAAUAAAAAAAAACAUCAGCGAUCUUACUGUGCUUUAACUAAAAGUCGAUACCCAUAGAGAUAUGGAAUAAAGUAGAGUCAUCAUCUAUAUGUCAGAGGUGUUUAAUAAUAGUAUUUUCUCUCUUUAGGAAGUUUUUUUUAAUUGUUCCAAAAUGUAAAUUACGAGCAGUGUCUGCUGAAAAUCUGUAAAUAAAACAAAAAUGGUUAUUUCUGAAAUAACUGGACUAUACUUAAGAGUCAUAAAACGACAAAUAUAUCAAUAUAUAUAUAUAAAGUAUGUUAUGUUUUUUAUGAACAAUUUUAUUUGAGUUUCUUAACCUGUAAUGGUGUAAAAAUAUAACUAAUGCACUACCAUCUGACUUCAAGUGGAGUGUAUUGGACAUAUGGGGUGUAAUAUUAUGAGCAGAAUCAAAAUGUAUAUCGAAAACUAUUUUUUGGGGCUUCUUUUGAUUAAAAUAUUUGCUUAAUCUUUUAAUCAUGCGAAAAUGUUUCUACCAAAAUAUUUCAUUUUAAAUAUAGGACUCUCCCUAAUUUUAUCAUUGAAUCCAAUUGUAUUGCAUUACCAUCUCAAUAGAGUUACACAAAUAUUGAGCUAACUAACAUCAGUACCAAUUGUUGGAGUAUAAUUUUUUUAAUUCAUGAAACUUGGGCUAAAUUAUCAAAUUCCAGUAAUUUAUGAUCUGAUUUUCUAAAAAAAAUGUUUCCAUUCAACUUACGUUGUGAUUUAUCACAAUUUAUAUAUAGUAAUAAAGAACAGAUUGUUCAGUUCAAUAAAUGUGAUGGUAGAGUCCACUUCUAUAAGUCAUAAACAACGGAUACGAAUACUUCUAAAAACUUCCGUAUAUAAAUUUUAAAGAAAAUAUCUGCAGUUUUUUUAUAUAUGUUGACUCAGGUCGCCCUGUACAAUUAGAUUGGUGAUGAAAUCACAGUAUAUAUUAGAAAUUGCUCAAAUUUUUCAUUUGUAAUCAGGUGUACCAUUUACACCAAAAAGAAAUAGAAGGAAUUCAAUGGAAAUUUUCUUCUAUAAUAGUUUUCUUGUCUGAAAAUAUCUAUUCGGGGAAUUUCAAAAUUUCACGUUUGUUAUCACAAUAUGCUAUUGGUUUUAAAAAAAAAGUCUUGCAUGUACCAGUAUUAAAUGUAGAAAUAUUUGGCUGUAUGUCGAUUACUUAUUACAUUUAUCAAAAUUGGUUAUACAAUGCAUCCCAUGUUAUUAGAAACAGGAAGGAAAUAGUAGAAACUGUUAUUUAUAAAUAGGAUGUCUCAAAAUGAACGCAGAGUUAAAUUAACAUAUAAAUUAUCAAGCAGAAUCGAAUUUUCGAAUCCGCGAUUGGCUGGUUGAUAAUGUUAUCAAUUCAAUUCUGGUAUAAAUUGAAUAUUCUAAACCAGAAUUUGGUACAAAUAUCACGUGCUCAUAAUAAAAAUUGAGAUAUAUGAAUCUCGUAAUCUUAUAUCUUGAAAUUCUAUAUACAAAAAGUUGAAAUUUAAUGCCAAAUUAAGGGGGUAUUCUGGUCUAGAAGUUUAAAUUUUAGAUAUUUUUGAAACUAACGUAACAUUUUUACUAUCCAAAAAAUCAGAAUUUUAAUAAAUUACAGGCCAGUAAAGUGGGGGAUAAUAAAAAACGGUGCACCCUGGUAGACAUGAUUCCAGCCCUUGUAGUGAUGUAAAACUAAAAAAUUUGAAAAAUUUUUAAUAUAUCGAUAUCGCGUUGACCUUAGUCAAAAAAAUGGCCUCGAUAUGAAAUAUCAGUUUUUUCAUUUUUCCGCUGUUUUUAAAAAUAUUUUUAAAUAUUUUUUUAAAAUCCAAGGCAGACGCGACAGAGAUAUAUACAAAAGAUUUCCACCAAAUUACAGUGGAGUCGGUCGGUUAGACCUCGAGAUAUCAUGUCAACCCCUUCAAAAAAAGUACCGCAAAGUUCUAUACCAUAAGUCAGUAUGAUUUUUAUCACAUUCUUAUAAAUUAAAAUCUUGUUGCCCAUAGUUAAUUUACAUUUUAUUCCUAAUAACCAAUAUAUAAUAUAAUAACGGACUGAAUGAGUUUCUAGUAUUUUUUACCUUAUUUAUAGUGAAUAAUGGACAUUAGGUCAUUUUCAAACUGAAUAUUUUUUGUACAGAUUUAUUUAUAUUUUCCACUUUCUCGUCCAAUCUUCUAAGAGGUUUAAGUGGUGUUAAAGGUGAGUUGGAUCUUCAUGACUUGAUAAAAUGACAGUAUCAUCCGCCAACGUUCCUGUUACAUUAUUUUCUGUCGUGGGGAGAUCUGAUAUAUAUAAUAAAUAAAAAAAAGACCCACUCAAUGCUGUGGUAUCCCAGAUUUAAUCAGAAAUGUGUCAAUUUUAUAACACUGAAUUCAAAUUCUAUAAUCAUAAUGUACAGCUUUUUUAUUUAUUUUUAUAUUUUUUUACGUGAAAUUAUAUAGUUUAAUCUGAAUGUUAACAUAUCGAUAUUUCUUUUUAUACUCAUUUACUUAUCCUCAACAUCUCCUAAUAUAGUGGUAGAAGUAAUAUUUCCGUUUUAUUUGGUUCUAUCAUUUUUUUCAUGUUUAAUCCGUUUCCAGUUCAGUCCUCUUUUUUUCUGAUUGUUUGUUAUUUAUAUAUUAUAUUUCCUCCUGGAUCUGCCUCUUUUUUUAGUUUAUUUCAGUUCCUCAUAUCACCUUAAAUGUUCUAUCCUCAUCUGUACAGGUAAACAGUUCAGCGCGUUAAACAGUGUAAUUGUAAGUGUUUACCUAAACAGUGUGCUGUUCAGUAUGAAUAUUACAACAAUUCUAGAAAUUCCAACUUAGUAACAAUAUUUCAUUUUUCUAGUUUUAAUCUACUGGGAGUACACACAGCAACUACAAUUAAAACAGUUUUCUUAUAGAGAAAUAUUGAUAUAAAAUGUAACCUACAUGUUUUUUUUUAUAUAUUUAGAGUAGUAACUUCAUGGUUCCAGAGAUCUGUAAAGAAGUUUUUAAGUAUAAAUAUCUUUUUGGUAUUAUGCUGACAAGUUUUAUUUCGUUAGCGAAGUUAUAAAUAAAAAAUAUGUAUAUUUAAUCCAGUGAUAAGCUUUUAUUGGAAAUCAUACUUUUGGAUGAUACUAUUCCCCAAAGUACCUGCAGAUGAAAGAUGAAAUUAUCUAAAACGUUACUUUCUAGUGAUUGUAGCCGAUAGACUCUAAUGCAUUACUUGAAUGUAUAAGUCAGUGUAUCAAAUCAGCGACAGAAUGAGGGACUAAAAUUUGCAUCAGUGCAAUGAUUCCCUAAAAGUAGAUAUAUUUUAAUUUUUUUUUUAAAUUUUGUAUAUCAAGAAAGAUCUUUUAGGUUUACCAUGGGACACUUGCUAUUUUUAUAAUUUUUUUAAUUGUAACAACAGAUUUUCGUGGACAGACACUGUAAAACAAUGUUUUUUCGGUUAGACUUUUGUAAUAAUGUUGUUCAGAAAUGUCAAAAAAAGAUAUAAAAAAAGUUAUUGUUUACGAUAUAAAUUUUUGGAAAUUUUCACAGUUGAUAAUAUUUAAAUAUUUUUGUUUUCUAAAUUUAUCAUUAUGUACUUUUUACGUACAUACUUUUUAAUUUGUUGAUUUUUAUUUUAUAUUCUUGGAAAUUAUUGAAUAAAAUGAAUACUGAUGAGUGAGCUUUAUUCUAAA